CGUUAAGCAAUGUGGCCGUUAAAGCUGCCGUAUUGCGCUAUUUUAAUGUUUUUAUAGAUAGGUUUGUGGAGCAAACCAGAAAGUUUGGUCUUGUAUGUAACCUUACGUUGUAGCCAUGUGCCUCCUGCUACCGUUAGGUGGCUGACUGAAUCUUACCAGCUGUUUCCAACGAACUUUGACCGAGACAUGGGACUUCAAGAUAGGACAACAACUAUCUGGCAGGGACGGACCCAACAUUAGCAUAACAACAACCCAGUCAUGAGUGGAAAAAUCAGCAUGAUGGAGGCACCGGGCAGCUACAACUUUUCAUACAAAGAGGAGAACUCAGACCCCUCUGAUCUCUCCACCACCAUGACUAUAGAUAGGCUCUUCCCGGCUCUCCUGGAGUGCUUUGGGAUCAUUUUGUGCGGUUACAUCGCCGGGAGGACAAACAUCAUCACCUCCAGUCAAGCCAAAGGAUUGGGAAAUUUUGUUUCUAAGUUCGCUCUCCCAGCCCUGCUUUUUAAGAACAUGGUGCUACUGGACUUUGCUAAUGUCAUCUGGCCAUUUCUCUGGAGCAUCCUCAUCGCGAAAGUGUCUGUGUUUUGUAUUGUUUGCAUCCUAACUCUGAUAGUUGCCAGUCCUGACAGUCGCUACAGUAAGGCUGGGCUCUUCUCGAUAUUUGCCACCCAAAGCAAUGAUUUUGCUUUGGGAUAUCCAAUAGUUGAAGCACUCUACCUGACCACAUACCCAGAGUACCUCCAGUAUAUCUACCUGGUUGCACCUGUGUCUCUGAUGCUCCUAAAUCCCAUUGGAUUUGCACUCUGUGAGAUCCAGAAAUGGAAGAAUGAGGGAAAUCCACAACAGAGUAAACUACUUCUUGUAGGACUUGUAGUCUGGCAGGUCCUAAAGAACCCCAUUGUUUUCAUGGUUGUCAUUGGUAUCAUCGCCCACUUUGUCCUACACCAGACAAUUCCUGCUUUCAUGGCUGAGUUUGUGGAUGGCUUAGCCAACUCUUUUGGCGGAGCAGCCCUGUUCUACCUGGGUCUGUCCAUGGUGGGUCAGUUGAGGAAAUUGACAAGAUCCACAGUUGUGACACUGAUAUUACUCAUUACUGCAAAACUGCUGCUGAUGCCCCUUAUUUGUAAGGACAUGGUUGAUCUGCUGGACAACAGCAACAGAAGUGCUCUGAACCACUCCAGCCUUUCUGAUUACGCCUUUCUUUAUGGCGUGUUUCCCACUGCGCCGAGUGUGGCCAUCUACGCAGUUUAUUAUAACGCAGAACUAGAAGUUAUAACCUCUGGGAUGGUCAUCAGCACUUUUCUCUCAGCUCCAAUAAUGUACGUUUCGGCCUGGUUACUCACAAUCCCCUGGAUGGAUCCCCAGCUUUUAAGGAAGUCGCUGCAGAAUGUCAGUUUUGAUAUCAGCAUAGUGAGCUUGGUUGCUCUGAUUUGGACAAUUGCCGUCAUGUUUUUAAGUAAGAAAUUCAAGAGGCUACCUCACAUGUUUACUGUCAACCUUUUCUUGGCUCAGCUGUUAACUUGCAUUGGGAUGAUUUUGUGGAACUUUGUGGUGAUGUCAGACAACUUCAUCCUGAAGGUCCUGACCUUCACAUUAUUAAGUGCCUCCCUCUACAGUACCUACAUAUGGCCAGGGUUAAUAGCGCUCUCAGUUGUGCUCUUGAAAAGAUAUGAUGAUCUAAAAGGAUCGUCAGGCUUGUUGGUCAUUGCAGGCUGGGGGAUUCCUUCUUUUGUUACGGCUGUUCUGCUUGUGUCUGGGCGAAACACGGCUGACACAAAUGAUGUGUCUUUCUUCUAUGGCAAAGCACAGUUAAUCUGCACCACAGUUGUCGUCAGCAUCAGCAUACUCCUGGGGGGAGGCUCGCUUGUGUGUCUCAGUAGAGGAAGCUGGGCCCAAAAUAAUCAAAACCCAGAGGAAAAUUCAUCCUGUAAUGCUGCAGAGGAUCAUAUGACUGUAGCUGAACCAGAAGUGCAGACUUGUGCUGAGCCAACCUGCACAGCAGGAAUAAGAGAGGGCCUCAUAUGUGACUGCGCUCCACCCCAGCCCAUGCCUGAUAUGAUCAUCAGCACUAAUAUGAACAACACACCAAUUACGCUCAUGGGUCAGUGUGAGAAUGGAUGCCAGUCAACAGACUGCCUCCUCAUUCACAUGGAGGAGCUCCAACAGGUUGCAGAUAGACAAGUAGUCCGUCAUGUGCUCAUGUGUCUGCUCCUGACUGUCUGCCUGCUGGCUAACUUAUCCAGCUGCUUCUGGUUGCUCUAUAACCACGAUUCUGGGAGGCUCUACUUGGAGCUGCAGUUCUUUUGUGCUGUAGCCAACUUUGGACAGGGACUUAUUUCCUUUGCACUUUUUGGGCUGGACAAGCAUUUGAUUUUAUUGCCGUUUAAGAGGUUGUUUAGUUGGUGCUUUAGAAAGAAACAAGAAGAGCAGCUGGUGUCGGAUUUACCCGAUGACAUCAGGAUGACUUGCACCCAGUUCAACAAGUACCACAAGCAGCAGUGUUUUCAUGACAUUGUUAAAAAGAGAAGGUGUGGAAAAGAGACUGUGGUGGACUGUUUUCUUGGCUGUGAACUUGUGGAGUGGCUUCAUCAGGUGGGCUUGGCACAGGACCGUAGUGAGGCAGUACUUUAUGGGGCACGGCUACUGCAGGGAGGUGUUCUCCAGCACAUCAAGCACGAAUACAGCUUUGAAGACAGUCAGCUUUAUUACUACUUCAUUAAAUAAAAUAGAAUAGUUAAAGGUGAAAUUUCUUGCAGUAUAAAUGUACAGUGCGUUUCAUUUCAAAUAGAAAAUUCUGCUCUGUGAACUCUGUACAGUGCAGCUCUAGACAAAGCAUGCCAUGUGACCUCACCCUUAUGUGUUGGCAAAUAACAGCAGACCAAGUUAUGCAAGUUCAUGCUUCUCAUGAACUAGUUCAAAUUCAUGAAGUUUUAAAUUAAUAGUUCAUGUUUAUAGUUCACCACUUCAGUUUUGAACUAGUUCAAAGUUCAGUUGUUUUAAGUUUGAACUGAUAAUGAAAGAUUGAAACGUAACUUGCAACUAACCAACUAACUUCUUGCUGGGAAAUCACACUCUUGAAGGCUGCAGGCAGUGCGAGCUGGGUGGUUCGGAGCUGUUGGCAUGGGGUCUUGCGCUUGAUGAGGAUUUGCAGAUGUCCUCUCAAACUGGAGAGAUGCUUCAACUCCACAUGUCUCUCUUUAAAUCAGUCAAAGAGGCUGAUGUUCUAAACUUGUUUUGUAAGUGCAGGCAAACAUAACUUGCAUAGAAACGUUAGACUUUUACUGUGGGAAACACGUAAAAGUUAUCAUAAACACGCAAAGCAUAUGAUGCGCACUCUGUCUGCAGCUUCUCUCCUUUCACCUUCACUUGCCCUUUCAGAGCAGGACUGCAUCUACCAUGCCAAGUGUCUGGGCUUCAGUGUGCAAUGCAUGGUGGGUAACGUAGUCUGAAAUGGGUUUAGUGCUGGAAAAUGUAGGCAGAGGCUGUUGCGGGACCUCACAUAACCUGAUCGAAUUCAUGUUAACGUUCUUCAUUCACAAAUAUGUUGCAUUCAGUUCAGCGUUCACAGAAAAAUGAACGUAUUCAAUGAACGUGUUCAUUUGAACUCGUUCGCACACAACUCUGCAGCGGACUGUGAAAUUAAGUGUGACACUGUACAUUGUGUGGAGCUGGUCUUAAAGUGAAUUAAUUAAUUAUGUUUUGGGUUGUUUUUUUAAACCAUCUCAGGCUUUAAAGGAACCCAGACUAAUAAGAGGCACAAACCUUCAUUACGUUCUACUAUUUAAAAACAAUGUUAAAAAUACAGGAAAUAUUUUUCAAAUCUCCAAAAAUCUUUUAAGUUUAUCUCAGUUUCAACUGUGAAGCCCACUAAUAUUUUACUUGUGCAAUAGAUUCUGAGUUAUGUGUCAUCUGGCAACGCUCUGCAGGUUUCAGUAACAUUACAACUUUUACUGGCCAGCUGUAAAAAUAUCAAAUUUACAUCACAUGGUGCUGCUUUUGGCUGUGGUCUCUUGUCAAAUGGCAACAAGGAAAGUAAAACAAGUUUCCCAAAUUUCCUAGAGCAAAUACAGUUUCUUAAGACUUGCAUCUGUGGUCUCACCACAUCUUCCCUGUUCCUGCACUUGCUCCUGUCAAUAGAGCCACAGGUAAGGAACUUAUGGGUGUUGCUUACUGUAACAGUAGUUACAACAAAAUGUGCUCAUUAAAUGUCCUUUUCCAUUUUGAAAUGCAACUAAUUGACAAGUGAGAUAUGCUUUCACAUGAGUGAAAUAAAAAAUGCUGGUCUUGGCAAUUUAAUGCAACCAUAACAUUAUGAUUGUGGUCUUUAAGGUGUGUAGUACAUACAAGAGCUACCAAAGUAUUCUAUCCCUGUUGGCAGUACCCUCAUCCACAAAGACCAACUGAUUCCCACAGAAAUUGCGUCAUUAAUAACUUUAUGCUUUUGUCAGCCAUUUAAAGUUUAAAAACCAUAACAAAGUUCAAACACAACAAAACUAAACCACAGUUGUGUCACAAGUGGUUCAGGUUCAUACUGAUGCCAAACUGAAGUCGUAUUUAUCUCCCUGUAGAGCCCAGGGACCAGACAUGUUCCGGCCAGUUGACAUCGUUAAUAAUGCAUUGUAGCAUAAACAAUAGUGGACUAUGGGUUGAAGCUUUUUCUCUAAUAUUACAAAAACAGUUUAAUUUCUUUAAAUGUCACAUUUAUUUUGCAGAGGUCAGUGUUGCCCUCAAGGUCAUGGCAGUGGUAUUAGUCUGGGUUCCUUUUGAUAUUUAACAUUUCUGAAAUGUGAAUUUGCAGCUGUCUUGUUUUACCUGUUACAACAUGCCAAUAACCUAUGACCAUGCAUGUAAAGAAAGUCUCUGUUAAACCAUAUUUCUUUUAUAAAAAAAAAAACACGUAUUUACAGGUGAAACUGGAAGUAAGCAGUUAUCUCUUAUUGAUUGCAAGAAACUGAAUUUAGAACUACUCACUGGUACAGUGGAUAAAAAAGGAUUAAACUAGGAAUUUAAAGGGAAUGACUUUAAAUUAAGAUUUUUUGCUAUAUUUUAAUUAAGUAAACAUAUGUGCAUUAGUACUGGUAUACAGUUUUAUGCUGAUUUUAUGAGUGAUAGAAGCACAGAAAGGUGUUCUCACUGGUCAUUUUCUGCUGAAUGUUUUAUUGCCUAUACUGAGACACCUCUGCACACAUAAUCACUCUUCUUAGUUACAAAGACUAAAAGAAAUAUGGCAUUAGAUUUUAUUUUGUCUUAGUAUUUAUGUUUGUUACCAAUUGGCUUAUUGCUAAUGUAGCAUGAGGGAAAGGUAUUGUUGCUUAACUAACUUGCAGUUUUAAAUGACUAUGGCAUCAUUAAAGAAAGGGAUUCUGAUUAUUCAUCAGGAUUAUGUAGCACACAAACAAACAAACUGGGCAAUUUUUUAAACAGCUCUUUUAAUGAUCACAAAAGCAAACUGUCAUUUAAUAAAUUAAAAACAACUCAUCAUUAUUUCAUAAUAUGGUCAUGCAAUACCGUACAGGGGGCCUGUACUAAGAAGCAGGGUUUGCACCUUAACAAGAUGAUUUUAGGUUUACCUAAGGGUUUUCAGAGUGGUAAUCCACCAAAAACCAAACCUGCAGAAUGUUUGUUCAUAAAAAAUAAACAGGGAAAAUAAGCAUAAGUCUUGAAUCACUGGAAUAUUUAUUUUGGUUUUGUUAAUGUUUUUUCUGCAUCUUAUUACCUGGACAUUACGUAAACUGAACCUGAACAUGAAGUAGUAGUACUAUGCUGUGCUUUACACAGCAACCAUGUUGUCUUCAGCCUGUCUUAUAUGACUAAGUUUUAUAUAUUUUUUGUUUAUAAUUUGUUAAUUACUACUAUACAUUUGUGCUGCAUAAAACAAACACAAAGCUCUAGAUCAGUGUUUAUAAUGUUCCAAACUGCUACCAACAUCAGACCUGCUAACCACACUCCUGUCAGUCCAUAUAACCAAAAGCUAAUGCUGCAACUGUGACGUGUUUUUGCUGUUUUUUUCCCUUUUUGGAAAAGAUUAUAUUGAAAAUUGAGAUUAAUUCAUUUUUGUUGUUCUUUUAAAACCAAAAGUUUAAUUUUUGGUAAGUGAGAUUGUUGAAAGUCUUUGGUUUUGUAAUGGAAUUAUUGUAAUGCAGUGUGUGUCACACUGUCAAAACCUGCAUGUUAUGUAACAUUCAUGUUUGAAAAUAAAAUUGCUUCUCAACCUUUAAA